UCUGGAGAGACAUGACACGUUACAUUGCCGGCCCGCAGUUGAUGCUAGGCAUUCUGGGAUGUCUUGCGCUUGGAGGUGUUACUGGCAUAGAGCUAUUCUACAAACCAUCCAUUCUCGAUCCCCGACCUGCCCCCCAACAGGGCCAAACUCCAGAGAGCAACAAUGAAAACCUGAGAAGCCUUGAAGCAAGUGAUUAUAUGCUGAGUGUGGCCCCCGCCAGCAGGAAAGGCAGCGUUCCCACCAUACUCAGGCUGUACCCCACGGCGGGCAAGGUGACCCCACUCCACGCCAACCUGCCCUUGCGCUUUGGCCGGCGCUCGGCACCGGAGGCCGUGCGGACGCCGAAGUCCUUCCUCAACCUGCCUCAACGUUUCGGCCGGGCUCAAGCGACUGACGUGUCCGUCGUCAUCCCGUGUCGUCAGUGCCCCCGAUCCGCAGUGCUGACCUCGCCUUCUGCGACCCUUCCCCAAAGAUUCGGUGAGCAAUCGGUGCAUUCCAUAGUUCCACUGAGAGCCCUGGCACCCACAGAAGACAAGCCUCCAGGAUAG